AUGGAAGAGAACCACUUACUUAGCGACGACCUGCCGCUUCCACCUGCCCGAUUGUUCGAACGACUGGGCAAUUUGCCUGGUUAUACUUGGGACCAGUCCAUCGAACCCUUCCACUCCACCUAUAAUCACUGGCACAUUUCGGGAUUUCGCCAUGCCGCUGAAUCAGAUCUUUCCACCCCGAUCGCGACCUCCUCAGGCCCUGCCUCAUCCGGUCCCUCCAGCCUGACCCGAUUUUCCCCCGCACCGAUGCCCGCCCUUCUGCUCGAGGUUCAAACCGGAGGUUUAGUCAGUGAGCUAUCGCUAUCUCGAGGAGGUGACCAUGAACAGGUCUGGAUACCGGUGGUGGCUCGAGUCUCUACAAACUUCAUCCGCCUGGAACGAGAGUUUCAUAUGCUCAGGUCGAUCGUGCAGUCAUCGGACCCGGACUGCAAUCAUACCGUGCGACCGAUCGACUUAAUACGACUUCCUGCCGAUCCCAUAGAAGGAGGGUCCCUCUUGGUGGCAGUCUUCGAGUCUCCCGGCCACGACCGAUUGCGCGACUUGGUCACAUUUGGCCCCGCGUCUUUUGUCGCGGGGACUAAGGGCGAUCAAAACUUAACGCCUGACGAGCAGGUCGACCUGUCAGCGUUUUUCGAUUUCGCAAUUGGAGCGUGUGACUGUCUGGAAAUUUUGCACUAUGGCAUGAGGACAGUCCACGGGGAAAUUCGUGGUGAUGCAUUCCAUUUCAGCAGUGAACAGGGAUCCGUCAAACUCGCCAAUAUGGGCAACGGUGCACGAUCAUUUGAUAACGUGCUGAGUGAAGGCUGGUCCUCCGUUUCCCGAGAGCUUGGAGCCAAGUACAAGUUGCAAUUUAUCGCCCCCGAGCAGACCGGUAGGAUGCCGACGGAGCCAGAUAGCCGUACAGAUAUAUAUGCGCUCGGCCUGUUCUUCUGGUCUAUGCUUGUCGGGAAAUUGCCCUUUGAAGGGGUUGAUCCCGUGGAAGUCGUCCAGAAUGUGCUGACCAAGAAGUUGACUCCGGUCUCCGCGAAAAGAAUGGAUAUCCCCGAUGCUCUCUCAGCCGUCAUCCAGAAAAUGACGCAGAAAGUCGUGCACGACCGCUACCACACAAUUUCUUCUGUCAAGCGGGACUUGGCAGAAGUAGCGAAACUGCUGGGGGAUGGAGAAAGCGAAGCCUUGAAUAAUUUCAAGAUCGCCCAGCGAGACGUGUCAUCUUUCUUCACACUGCCUUCUCAGAUGAUUGGUCGACAAAAAGAAUAUGAUACAAUUAUCAACGUGGUCGAGAAACUCAAAAAGCGCCAGGCGACUGCAUCUGUCAAGGCGUUUGUGCAGAGUCCCGCAACGGCUCACGCACUCGCCUCCAGUUCCUCGAUUUCAGAAGGGCGUGUGGAUAGUUUUGACCUAGCCUCAAUUUCCAGUGACUCUGGCUCCUUCCAUCUACCUCCUCGAACCAGCUCGAAUGGCACUCAAUAUCACAUCGCACAUGUCAACGGCCAAGAAUCAAUAGCGAGCAAUGACACUUCUCCGACUCCAAGACUUCGGCAGACUUCGACAGGCCCGGAUUCCUUGAGUCAAACGCCACCUGUCACAGUUACUCAAAAUAUCAAAAGCCCAUCUCAUUCUCGGUCUUCCAACAACACAGACAGGGAAAGUCAUCCUUCCGUUAGUACCAACACCAACAGCCAGCAAUCCACCCAGGCUUUCAGCCAAACGGAUUCUUUGACCUCACUUGCGAAACAGAAAACUGGGGUCAAAUUUCGCCGCAAUGGACGUUGCGAGGUAAUCGCAAUCAGUGGUGCUGCUGGGAUAGGCAAGACAGAUCUCCUGAAUAGAGUACAACCAGUUAUCCGCAAGGCUGGUUAUAUUGCAAUCACACGGCUAGACCGAGCCAAACGGGUGCCCUUUGAACCUUUUGCAAAAAUCACGGCCAGCCUUUUGCGCCAGAUCUUCUCUGAGCAGGACGUUAAUACCGACUACCACAACACCAUCAGAUCAGCUUUAAGGAGCAUGUGGCCUACUCUCCACAAGGUCUUAGAUCUACCAGAGCAACUGAUGGCUCCAGGUGCCAAGUACAAACCCUCUCAAAGGACCACUGUUGCCCAACCAAUUGCUUUACAGGAGGCUCACGAAGACCCCUCAAAGCGACUCCACAUUCCAUGGAUGAACCAAGGCCAAACAUCCACUGACUUUUUCUUGUCUAAUGCUGCUUCAAAUAAUAUGCGCUUGAUGGACAUAUUCGUUGAGAUAUUGCGAACACUGUGCCAGUUCAAGCUUAUUACUGUGUGCUUGGAUGAUCUCGAGUAUGCCGAUGAUGAAACCUUGGAAUUGGUGUUGAACAUCAUUAAAGCGAAGCUACCUUGUGCGCUCGUUCUUACCAGUCGCAAGGAUGAGAUCGCGUCUGAUCAGAUUCGGGCCUUGUUUGAGACUGACAUGCCCAACGUCACACGCAUUGCGCUUCAACCAAUAUCAGAAGACGACGUCAUGGCAUUUGUGGCUGCAACGAUGCAUCAAGAGCCUAACCCACAGCUCACUCCCCUUUCGGCUGUUGUCCAGGAAAAGAGCCAGGGGAAUCCAUUCUACGUGCGGCUAAUGCUUGAAACAUGCUACCGGAAGAACUGCAUCUGGUAUUCGUGGAAGGACUCAAAGUGGUUGUUUGAUCUUGAUCGAAUCUUCAAUGAAUUUGUUGCUCCUGUAUAUGGAGAGGGACUUGGGUUAGGCUUCCUCACCAAACGCCUUCAGGAGAUUCCAGCUGCUGCCCGGUCAAUCCUGAUUUGGGGCGCUCUCCUAGGAAGCCCAUUUUCUUUCUCGUUGGUCCAAAGAAUCCUGACCAGUGAAUUUGUGACUUCAGACGACGGGGAUGACGAAGAAGGUCAUGCUCUGUCCUUACCCGGAAAUGUCACAUUGGUCAGACAAUCAGAGAGUGAUAUCGUGAUCGGCUUGCAAUACCUGGUCCAGGCAAACCUGCUUAACACUGGUAAAACAGACGAUGAGUUCAAAUUCGGCAAUGACCGGCUUGCACAAGCUGCACUCUCUUUGAAUGAGAGUCGUAAUGUGGAGAAAAUGCAUUUUAUCCUUUCGCAGGCGUUGAUGAAAUACUACCAUGACCAGCGCAGUCGAUACUCCGUCGCUCAUCAUGUUGCACUUGCAUCGCGUAGGAUCAAAUCGCGUGUGAAUCACAGAAUUGAAUAUCGACGGAUCUUGUGGGAAGCCGGGCAGACGGCUGCUCAGUCUGGCGCUCGUCCCACUGCCCUUUGGUAUUUCCGCCAUUGUAUCGCACUCCUCCAAGAUGACCCUUGGGAUGAUCACCAUCCAGAUGUGUAUUAUGACGAGACUAUGCGCCUUUUCAUAGCGACAGCUGAAAUGUCCUGGUCUCAAGCCCAGAAUGAGGACGCGCUGAGCCUGAUUGAUGCUGUUUUUGUCCACGGCAAGGAUGCGGUCAGCAAAUCAAGGGCCUGGGUCAUCAAAGCCAAGAUCAUGGCUCAGAUGGGUGACCAUCACCGCUCAAUGGAGUCACUGCUCUCGUGCCUUGACGAGCUGGGUGUUCAUCUUCGCUCUCCCACAACCUUCGAAGAAUGUGAUAUUGCUUUCCACAAACUCAAAAAGUACCUCGAAUCGGUCGAUAUUGACGCCAUUGCUCAAAAGCCUAUCAGCAAGGAUCCUAAUUUGGUGACAAUUGGAGCUGUCAUGGCUGAGGCAAUGGCCGUGACCUACUGGGACGAUGCGCUGACCUUUUAUCGAAUGGCAAUUGAGAUGAUGCAUAUUCACAUAUCCAGGGGUGGAUUCACACCGAUUUCAAUUGGUUGUUCCCACCUCUCCAUGAUUACUUUGAGUCGCUUCAAGGAUCUUGAGUUUGGCACCAAACUCAGUGAUCUCUCUCUUUCCCUACUUGAAAACUGCCCCGAGCUGUGGACCCAGAGCAGAGGCUCGAUCGUUCAUAAUCUUUAUGUCAGCCAUUUACGUGUUCCCCUAGCGUCGACAUUGCCAGCGCUGGAGACCGCUCUUGAGGCGUCAUUUACAAUGGGCGAUCCGUACAUCACGUUGAUUAGCAUCUCUUCAAUGGCAAUGACUCGACUUUAUCUUGGCCAAGAUAUGGCCCAAUUGGAGGCCUUUUGCUUCGAGGCCCCUGAAGAUAUCCCGAACUGGGCUAAUGAUACCCGUGGCGGUGCUAGCAUUAUUGCAGUUCGUCAAGUUGCACGGGCCCUGCAAGGCAAAACGGAGUUCCGAUCUGCAGACAACGUUAUGUCGGAUGAUGACCACCGGACAACCUCAUACAUGAAUUAUUUGGACACUCAUGCCAGCAAUGCAGACAGGCCUCGUGACAUAUACUUUGGCCUAGCCAUGAUCCCGUUGUUCCUGUUUGGACACUAUACUGAGGCAAUCCAAAUGGGAAACAAGCUACUCAGUACAUCGUACAGACUCUGGUCUGUGCGCGUGUCUUACAUCAUUCACUUCUAUCUCGCCAUAUCACUUCUCUGUCUUCACAAUGACUACCCUGCUCAAGGGUACCUUGACGGGAAAAUGGAUAUGAUCCUCAAGUACAAGGCUGAGAUAGACUUUGCCCGCAGCUGCUCUGAUGCGAACUACGGCAUGUGGGCUUUCCUGCUUGAGGCUUUGAUCGCCGAGGUCCGCAAUGACCAUAAUAACGCCAUUCAGAAGUUCGAGGCAGCCAUCGACCAUUGCCAGAUUCAUGGAUGGCCGUUAGAGGAGGCCCUCUCGCUUGAGCUGCAGGGCGAGUACCUCAUCAGGCGUGGGGCCAAACGGGCCGCUCGUGCGUUGAUACAGGAGUCUAUCGCCGCAUGGAGCUCCAUGGGCGCUGGAGGCAAAGCUAUGAUGCUUGCCGAAAAGCACGAAUGGUUGCUCAAAACAGCUACCUCCGCUAGGACCGUUGACGUUGGAUGCCAAACCCUUGACUCACUCAUGGACAUUAACCGGGACGUUGUUCAAGACGAAAUUAUCAUACCCUCCCAGGCUGAGGAGGAGGACAGAAGGCAGCUCUGGAUAGAACAAAAUGGUCUCAACUCAGAUGAGAAAUCUAUGGAUAUCUCGAGUGUGGGUCUGGAUAUUAUAGAUCUGUCCAGCAUCCUGGAGUCCAGCCAAGUGAUGUCAUCUGAGCUUCAGAUCGACAAACUCUUCAUGAAAAUGCUCGAGAUUAUUCUAGAGUCUUGCAACGGUUCCGAUUUUGCAGUCAUUGCAACCAACUUUGAUGACCAAGGAUUUGCUAUUGCGGCGGCAGCAGAUUCCGAUAAAGGUCAGCGAUCAUACCCCGAUGGCCUGCCCUUCUCGGAAACGGAGAGUCGGAUGGCGCAGCAUAUCUCAUACUAUGUCAUGCGUACAAAGGAAGAGGUUCUCGUUCAUAAUGUCCUUGAGGACGAGCGAUUCUCCAACGUCAAUGAAUCAUAUCUCGCCAAUUACCCCCAGGGCCGGUCCGUUAUCGCCCUUCCGAUUGUUCAGGGCGACCAACUUCUUGGAGUGAUUCACUUGGAAGGCAAGCCGAAUUGGUUCACACAGCGGAAUGUGGUGGUCUUACAUCUGCUGUGCAACCAGAUUGGAAUCUCGCUGUCAAACGCCUUGCUUUUCCGUGAGAUUCGUAAGGUCAGCGCUAAGAAUUUAUCUAUGAUAGAAUCUCAGAAGCGCGCCCUUGCCCAAGCCCGUGAAUCGGAGCAAAAAGCGAAGGUCGCGGAGGCUGAAGCCAAACACAAUGUGAAGCUGAAGGAAGACGCUGCACGAGCCAAGUCAAUUUUCCUUGCGAAUAUUUCACACGAUCUGCGAACUCCGAUGAACGGCGUCAUUGGUCUUUCAGAGCUGCUGAAAGGCACCAAAUUGGAUAAGGAACAAGAUGAAUAUGUGGAGUCUAUCCGCGUCUGCGCCGAUACAUUGUUGACCCUCAUUAAUGACAUUCUGGACUUUUCUAAGCUGGAAGCUGGCAAGAUGAAGAUCUCCACUGUGCCGCUUAACCUAAAGGAGACCAUCACUGAAGUUGUUCGGGCACUGCGCUUCACUCAUCGCGAGCGAGGCCUGAAUACAAUUGAGGAGCUGGAUCGUGUUCCAGCAGAACUAGUUGUCCUUGGUGAUCCAGUCCGCUUACAUCAAAUCUUCAUGAAUCUGCUCAGCAACAGCUACAAAUUCACGCCCAAGGGAUCCAUCGUCGUCAAGGCAAAGACUGUCCGUGAGGGCAAAGGCCGCGUGCGCUUGGAAUGCUCCGUCUCCGACACUGGAAUUGGAAUUCCAGAAGAGCAGAAAGCACGCUUGUUCCGGCCCUUCUCCCAGGCUGAUCCCUCCACGGAAAGAUCAUAUGGCGGCAGUGGACUGGGCUUGAGUAUUUGCAAAGCGAUUAUCGAGGAUGUACUUGGUGGCGCAAUUUGGCUUGAGUCUGAGGCUGGAGUUGGAACUACUGUGACCUUCCACUUGGUCUUCAACAAAGCCCCGAAGAAGACGGCCGUCAAAACCGCUUGGUCACAGGACCUCAGUCAAGCAGAAAGCAAACAAGCUCCUCGGCCCACUACUCUCGACCUCACGCAAAUUCCACGCGAUCAGAUCCGCGUCUGUAUCGCCGAAGACAAUCCCAUCAACCAGAAGAUUGCGGUCAAAUUCGUGACUGGUCUCGGCCUCCAGUGCGAAGCUUUCAGUGAUGGCCGGCAGGCUGUGGAUGCUCUCCGCGCCAGAUCCAAUGAAGGCAAUCCAUUCCAUAUUGUCCUAAUGGACGUCAUGAUGCCCACCUUGGACGGAUACAAUGCCACCCGCGAACUCCGCCGCGACCCUGAUCCAAACGUGAACAAAGUACUAGUAAUCGCCAUGACAGCCAGUGCCAUUGAAGGCGACAGAGAAAAGUGCCUCGACGCUGGCAUGAACAACUACCUCCCCAAACCGGUGCGGUCACCGAUCCUGAGUGAGCUUCUUGACAAGUACCUCGCCCCAGUACCAUCCCAUCCCCGCACUCGCCUAGUACUCCGAGAGAAGGGAUCCAGAGGAAGUAUUAGCCAUGAUUGCGGUACGCCAACCAGUAUCUCCUCGUCCGGGUCAGAGGAACUAGCGAAACUUCCACCAGCCCGCACAUCAAAAGAUAUGGUUACCCACGCUUCCAACCCCCACACCCACCCAAAAUGA